AUGUCCGGCAGGCCCCCCGGUAAGAAGAAGCCUCCACCGAGUAACCCUUAUCAUCCUGCUGGCAAGAAGCGUUCCGGCAAGAAGUCUACCAAGAAGAAAGCUCCUGGUGCCCUUGCUACCAUGAGUACAGCUGGGCGUAUAGAGGAUAAAGUGAAGGAAUGGCAGCGGAAACAAAAAGCGCGUUCCACCAACACCGUCGGUACUACUCCAUCGUCUUCUUCAAGUUCAACAACUCCGGGAAGUUCCUCCAAGGGGAGUUCUUCUGGCAAUCGUAGACCCGAUGUUGCACGCAAGAUCUCUUCACGUUACCCAAAGAACAUUCGUUCUUUGACAUUGCAUACCCUUCUGAGCAAGAUCGAUACUUCCAUGAGAGAUGAUGAGAUCUUGACCAGUCCCGCUGGAGCUUCCAGCAAGACUGUCCCUGUGGCUUCUGUUGGUGAGAUCAUUCGCGAGGAUAUAAAGCAACUUGCCGGCACGAACACUGAUUCUGAUGACAUUGAUGAGUUUCUCAUGACUCAGGAAGAGAAGGAGCUCAUUCGGUUGGAGGAUGAAGUCAGUGUUGCCUUGUUGGUUUUGUCGAAUGGUGACCUUGGUGAUGGACGCAAGAUCAAGGUACCUGGGAUGACCUUGGAGAUGUGGACGUCCUUGGAUGACAGUCAGCGGCUCAACCGAAACCGUGCGCUUGCAUGGUCCUACUAUGACCCGAAGCCUGAUCUUGAGACAUACUUCAAGGGCCAGAAGGGUGGCUACCCUUUACCUCCAGUCGGUGAGCAGUACUUGCUUGGAGGGAUCCCAGAGAAAUAUCGCCUUGUGACUCUUCAGAAGGUCCGUGUGUUCCGCCUUGCUUGGGACAGUACCGUUAUGAGUACGGUCUCAUUUGUAAGGCCAUGGGCUGGCUGGAGUCUAACUGAACUGCACUUGCGCAAGGAGGCCUUUGACAAAGACAACCAGUGGAACGGAUUAUUGUGUGUUGAGUUGCCUUCUCUUACCAACGAUGACAUUGAAGAUGAGACUUAUCGUCUUGCUUCCCUGCCUGCUGGAGGCAAGGUUGUCACCUGUGAUCCAAGCUUCUUGUCGGCUCCCAUGAAAACAGUCUUUCGUUUUGAGUGGUGGCAGCAUCCUCCCAAGCCACAUGAGUGGUGGUGA